CUGCGUGAAUCAACUAGGCAGGGAGCUGACUGACGGAGAUGUGUAGGCGUGAGCAGGGAGCAGUACUUGUGGCCGAAGGAACAUUUGCAAACUCAGUAAGGCCUAGAAGAAAAAAAAAAAAAAUCAAUAAUCUCGGUGUCCACAGUUCUCAGAAGCUGGGCAGUCUUGUGAGGAGUCACAGAAACCGGCCUGGCCUGGUGUCGCUUCCUCUUUCUGCUUCUCUGUUUCCUAACGACGUCGUCAGCAUAAAAUAGGAAGCUCCCGCGGCUCCCCGUCGCCUGGACACUCCGGCAGAAGAAGGCUCUGCUGUCCCACCGCGAAGAGGAAGAAGGGAACAGCCCAGGAGAGGACACUGUCUGCCGCAUGAGUCCCAGAGAGAGGAUUCUCAAGAGCCGGGGACAUGGGUCUGGCCUGGCCUCCAGCAGGGGAAGAAGCCAAGAUUCCAGGCCAGUGAGGACCCUAGCCCCUGCCCAGCCCUGGAUCCACUUGUGCCGGCCACCUGCUUGCCCAGAGCUGCCUGAGAGAUGGUUGUGUCCCAGGGCCUGCUCCCUGCUGUCUUGCUGGCUCUGUUCUGGGGGCCCAGCGUGGCAGGGGCCCAUGAGACUGUCCCACUGCAGACCCUGAGCUGCUACAAUGACUACAAGAGCCUCAUCACCUGCAGGUGGGCAAACACUCGGGAUGCCCAGGGGCUCAUCGACCUGACUCUCUACCGGAGGCUGAAUGAGGACCCUCCAAAGCCAGUGUCCUGUGAUCUCAGUAAUGAGACGGCCUUGUUAGACCACCCCUGUCCCGGCUGUGUGUCCAGAAGAUGUGUCAUUCCGUAUGAGUUUUUCGUUAUUGCUGACAGAGACUACUUCUCAUUCCGACCAGACCGGCCCCUGGGCACCCAGCUCACCAUCACUCUGACCCAGCAUGUGCAGGCCCCGGCACCCAAGGACCUCCUGAUCAAUACUACUGGGGAGCGCUUGCUGCUGACAUGGACAGUGGCCCUUCCGGAUUCCCAGAGACACUGGCUGUCCAACCUGGAGUAUGAGGUGGUCUUCAAGCGGCUUCAGGACUCCUGGGAGGAGGCCUCCACCCUCUACCUGAACUCCUCCCAGGCUAUCCUGGAGUCAGAACACCUCAUUCCUGGCAGCACCUACGUGGCCCGAGUGCGCACCCAUCUGGCCCCCAGCUCAGGGCUCUCGGGGCGGCCCAGCCAGUGGAGCCCGGAGGUCCGCUGGCACUCGCAGACAGGGGACAAGGCCCAGCCCCAGAACCUCCAGUGCUUCUUUGAUGGGGCUGCCGUUCUCAGCUGCUCCUGGGAAGUGAGGUCCGAGGUGGCCAACUCAGUCUCCUUCGCCCUCUUCUACAAGGCCAGCCCCAAUGCGGGGGAAGAAGAGUGCUCCCCAGUACUGAAGGAGGAGCUCCCCGGCCUCUACGUCCGGCACCAAUGCCAGAUUGCCGUGCCCAACCCCAGGAAGGACAGCCAGUACACCAUCUCCAUUAGGCCAAAGGAGGAGGAGAAGUUUAUAAAAAGCUCGGAAAACAUCCAGAUGGCUCAACCAACACUCAAUGUGACCAAAAGCAGAGAUGGCUACACCCUGCACUGGACGGCACAGGAGAUGUUCUACAAGCACAUAGGUCACACCUUCCAGGUCCAGUACAAGAAAGCUACAGCCUCAAGGGAGGAAAGCAAGACGGAAACCCUCCAGAACGCCCACAGCAUGUCGCUGCCGCCGCUGGAGCCCUCCACCAGGUACCAGGCAAGAGUGAGGGUCAAGCCCACCCCUGGCGGCUACGACGGCAUCUGGAGUGAGUGGAGUGAGGAGCUCUUCUGGGACACUGAGUGGGUGCUACCCAUGUGGGUCCUGGUUCUCAUCCUGGUCUUCACCACUGGGGCACUGCUCCCCGCCCUGCGCUGCUGUGGCAUGUACGGGUACAGGCUGAACCAGAAGUGGGAGGAGAAAAUCCCCAACCCCAGCAAGAGCCACCUGUUCCAGAACGGGAGUGCCGGCCUCCAGCUCCCAGGCAGCAUAUCGGAGCUCAUCAGCAGGGGCCCCCCGCACAAGGGGCCGCAGGGCAGCUUCGUCCCUGGGCUGGACGGCGUGUUCCCUGUAGACUACAGACACAGCGAGGUGUCGCCUCUCACCACGGAGGACCCAAAAGAUGCCUGUGAAUCACCCUCAGAGCCUGACAUGACUCCAACCUCCUUGGAUCCGUACUCGGAGGAGGCCCCUGACCCCCAGCUAGACCCAUCGGCCCCCGCGGGCAGGUCCGAGAGCCAGGCUUCCGGCUUCGACUUCAACGGCCCCUACCUGGGGCUCCCCCACAGCCACUCCCUGCCUGACGUGCUGGGCCAGCCGGCACCCCCACAGGCAGGCCUGAGCCAGAAGCCGCAGCCUCCGGGGUCCCUGGAGUACCUGUGUCUGCCCGCAGGGGGGCAGGUGCAGCUGGUCCCGCUCGCCCAGGUGAUGGCCCAGGGCCAGGCCAUGGAUCGGGAGGAGAUCCUUGACCCGGGCGAGGAGGGGAGCCCCUCCCUGGAGUCAAGGGCAUGCCCCGCCCCUUCUGUGCCCGGGGUCAUAGUAGGCGGUCAAGGCCCAAAGAACAGCCCCAGCCCGAAGGAUGGGACACUUGCAGCUCUGCCCGCUGGCUCCGGGGCCCGUGAGGAUGGCCUUCUGGCGUCUGGCUAUGUCACCACUACAGACCUAGCACUCCCCUUGCCCAUGGGGCUGCCAUCUGCCUUCACAGUUCACCCUCUGCACCUGCCCACAGACCAGAGCCACAGCCUCUGUCCAGGAGUGGCUGGUGGGUCCCCUGCAGCCCCAGGCCCCGUGAAGCCAGAAAUCGAGGGCUAUGUGGAUGUCCCUCCAACCUCAGACCAGUCUCCUAAGUCCCCUCUGGGCAGUCUUGCCCUUCCUCCAGCCAGCAGCCCCACCCUAAGCCCAGGGGAGCCCAGAGCAGAGGGGAUGCCCCCCUCCCCACACCCCGAGGGGCUCCUGGUCCUACAGCAGGUGGGUGACUACUGCUUCCUCCCUGGCCUGGGCUCUGGUCCUCUCUCACCCCAGACAAAGCCCUCUUCCCCAGGACCCUAUCCUGAGAUCGGGGACCCCGACCAGGUGUUCCAGGCCAAGAAGGCCCUGGGCCAGGCCAUUCCCCAGAUGCCAGCCAUCCGGCACUUCAAGGCCCUCAAGCAGCAGGACUACCUGUCACUCCCGCCCUGGGAUGUGGGCAGGCCUGGGGAGGUGUGCUGACACCUCCGAGCUCCUGGGGGCCUGAGUGGGAGUUCUGUCUCCCCUUCCACUGGUCUCUCGCCUCAUCCGCACUCCGUUCUGCAAAGCUGCAUUGGGGCUUCUGAGUUGGAGCAGAUAGAGGUGGGGAAAUGCGUGGGCCUCCUCUCUUCUAACUUGACCUUCAGCCGAUGGAUUCUCCUCUCCCCACUGCCUCCCUCUCUCUCUCACAGACCGGCGGACACAGACACGUGCACAUGUUUCUUUCAUGUUAACUUACUUUUAGGUUCCAAAGUAUUAGAGCUUCUUAUAUACUCAUUCUAUUUGCCCCUGAUUUUUUGUUUUUUGUUUUUGGGGGGGGUUUAUGUUUUUGUGUUUUUGUUUUUAAUAGAUUUCCUUGCUUUCGCCACUGUCUUCUUUCCCUUUCCACUGAUUUAUUAUCUGAGUGACUUUGAGCUAAGCCCAGUCUGAGAUGACGUGUCUGGGUCGGAGCCUGUUCUGACACCGACAUGUCCGGUUACGUGGAGAUCUUGGGUCUGCGGCCUGGCCCCGGCAGGUACGGACACAGCCCUGGUGUGGAGAGAGGCAAGGGGCUGCCCUGGCUGAGACCCCAGAGAGGGAAGGCUCAGGAGAGCUGUGCAGGGCCUGAUUCUGGGCGCUCUGAGCAAUGAGCGUGGUAAGGGGUGUGCAAGAAGAGAGUUGUGCUGAGCUCACAGGAGCCCCCCACAACCCCAGUCUCAUGGCGUGCGUUCCGCCCACUGGCUACUUUCUAUGUCCUGCCUGUGGGCCUGCGGAGGGACGUCCAGAAACCACAUGCACUCCAGAAAUGCUGAGAAGAACCGCUCAACAAAGGGAAAAAAGGGAAAUUAUCAAAGGCCUGCACCCUUUGGUGCUUAAAAUCAGAGUCAUGCCUUCAGAGCCUUCCCUCCAGAAAGAACUUACAGCUCCUGCCUCUCCCAGCCACGGCCCAGGGGCUUUGGAUCUAUGUCUGGUCCUACCCAGAGGAUUACGGUUUCUUUUAAAAUAUGUGCCUUUCUGACAUGCCAAAAAAAAAAAAAAGGCAUUAAAUUGUUUUAAUUUGCAUUAUUUGAUAACUAUCCAGUUUGCACGCAUUUUCGUAUUUCCUGGGCAUUCGUAUUUCUUGACCGGGCUAAGCCCAUUAAGGACUUUGUUUUGCCGGGUGUUCAUCUUUUCCUGAUUACGUUUUUUUUUUUUUUUUUUUUUUAAACUGUUUACAUGUGGUCUUUCAUGAUCGGUGCAGGUUCCUCCCUCUAGUUUGUAGUUUGUCGUUGGGUUUUGUAUCUGAGGACGGUAGACAGACCCAUACAAUGUAGCCUUGUAGCCUUCUCCACACGCUAAGAUUUGCUGGCGCUACUUUGGUGUCCAAUUUACAAGGGCUUUCCCCCUCCAAAACUAUAUUGGUCCUAAUUGAUAUUUUUCUAGUUCAAGCUUUUCGUGUAAAAUUGUGUUGGGUUUGGAAUGUUCGUGUGCGAGAGGUAGAGUUGCCUUUAUGUUUUCCCGGAAUGAGUGGCCUGGGUGUUUCUCCAUCGUUUGCUGAAACACCCAUUCUUCGUCCCUGUGUCUAAACAUCAGUUUUAUGAUCUAGAAAGUCCCUGAUAUAUUUAGUGGGUUUCUAGGUUUCCAAUUUUCUUAUCUUACAUUGUCUGCUCAAUGCCCCCACUCCCAGCUUUGUAACGUUUUAACAAGUGGCAGACCCAAUGUUGUCAUUUUUGUUCUCAAAGCCCUGCUCAAUACAGCAAUGUUGGGAGGAGGGAAAGGAUUAUAAACAAUGUAAAUAUUCACAAAUGAUGACUUGUUACAAUAAUAACACUUCAGGUUAUUCUAAAGUAGAAUCCUGUGUUACAGAUGGAUGAGGUAGCCCUACAUGGAUUAGAAAGAAAUCCAAGAGAAUGAAUUCCAAAAUGUUCAGACAUUUGUUAGCUGAAAAAAAAAUUGCAAUAAAAUAUUUUUUUAAUAAAAUAAAA